GCUUCGGUGUAGGUAAAAAUUUGUGAGCUCCAAGAACACUUCUUCAUCAUCAAGACCUCUGAUCAUGCCGAGAGUGAAGAAAUCGAAAGCGAAGAAGGCGGAGUUGGCCGCUAAGGCCUCGAAAGAUGGGGCUCAAGUGUCAGCAGCGACCAAGCCGGCGACCGUGGAGGAGAACGGGAAGGGCGAGAGUAACGGCAAGCGGAAAAGGCUGGAGCUGUCUGAUGACGACGAGAGCGAGGACGACGGAGAGAUCAAGCUGAAGGUUAAUGCGGAGUACAAAAAGAGAUUCGAGCAUAAUAAGGAGCGUGAAGAACUUCAUCGAUUGAAAGAAAGAGCCAAGCGAGGAGAACUUGAUUCAUCAGACUCGGAUGCUGAAUCGUCUUCCUCUGAAGAGGAAGAUGAGAACGCAGAGCUUCUAACAGACGAGGUCGACAUGAAGAUCCAGCAAGUCGUCCAGGCCUUGCGAUCUAAUGAUCCGUCAGUGGUCAAGAACCCUGAUGUGCGAUUCUUCGACGACGAGAGUUUUGAACGAACAAAGAAGGACAAACCGGUUUACCUGCGCGAUUAUCAUCGUAUGAACUUGCUAGGACAGUUGGACGAAGGCGCUACCGCCGACGGCGAGGAGGAGCAGGAUGAGAGCAAGCUUCCGUACUCUGUCAAACUUGCCCGUGACCGCGCUCAGCUCGUGCGCGAGAUGCACGAGUCUGCUGAGAACGAUGGAGACAACGGCAACAACAGCGACGAUGAGGGUGAGGACGAUUUCCUAAUGAAGCCAGUCGAGAAGGAGCGCAAGAUCGAGCCGAUCGAAUUGCCUGAUCCAGCCGAAGACCCCGAGCGUUUCCUCGACACAUUCAUGAAUUCAAAAGCCUGGCUCGAAUCAGCUCCUAUCCGCCGAAAGAAGAAGCCCUCUGUAGCGAAGGACAAGCUCGACGACCAGGCGGCUGUCAGCGAAGAAGACGAUAGCGACUUCGAUGAUCGCGCGGAAGAGUUUGAGACAAAAUAUAACUUCAGAUUUGAAGCCGGCGAGGAAGCAGGUCAGGUUGUUUCGUACGGUCGUGACGUUGUGGCUGCGCACUCGAUCCGCCGCGAGGACGAGACCGCAAGACAGCGGGCGCGUCGAUUGAAGAAGGAGGCGAAGGAGCAGGCGAAGAAAGAGCGCGAGGCCGACAGACACCGGUAUAAGCAGCUGAAGGUCAAAGAGGUUAUGGAAAAGAUUGCGAAGAUUAAGCAGGUCGCUGGCUUGGAUGAGGACGAGGAUCUGCCGAUCGGUGAAGAGGAUCUGGAAGCAGACUUUGACGAGAAUGACUGGGACGAGCGGAUGAAGAAGGCGUUUGGCGACAACUUUUACGGCAAGAAGGAUACUAAGCCUGUCUGGAAUGAUGAUAUCGAUAUCACAGACAUUGUUCCAGACUACAAGAGUGACAGUGAGGCUGAACUGGACGAAGGCGGAGAAGUGGAAGAUGAGAAGGAGGAGGUAGAGGAAGAGGAGAAGGAGGAGGAGACUCCGAAGCUCUCCAAACGGCAACAGAAGAAGCUUGAACAGAAGGCCAAGGAGCAAGCCAAGGAAGAAGCUAAGAAGCUCAAGUCCAAGGUCGAGGAAUUCGUCGACACCCAAAUCUUGCCCUUUGCCGACGACGACGAAAUAGCACAGACCACCGGCAAGAAAGACAAGAAGAAAGACAAACCCGAACCAAAGAAGUCUGACGAGCCUGAGUUCAAAUUCAGAUACCGUGAGGUCUCGCCCGAGUCGUUCAACCUCGAGCCCGCAGAUAUCCUCCUCGCAGACGAUAAGGCGCUCAACGAGUUCAUUGGACUCAAGAAACUUGCGCCGUAUCGCGAGCCGGAGAAGAAGGCGCAGGACCACAAGCGGUUUGCGAAGAAGAAGCGUCUACGACAGUGGCGCAAGGAGGUUUUUGGAGAUGCAGCGGCCCCGAAGUGGGAAGAACGUGCACCUUUGAUCUUUGGUGAUGCAAACGGGGCUUCGGAAAAAAAGAAGAAGCAUCACAAAAAGCACAAGAAGCAGGCAAAAAAGUAGAUGAAAAG